GUCACAAGUUGUACUAGAAAUAGUGGUUGCUUCACGUCGUGGAAGCGCGUUGGUGCUAGGCUGUGCUGCGUUUGCUGAAUUUCAGAAAAGUGUCUGAAGAUGUCUAACGGAGCACUGUCAUCCGACACACCUGUUGCGCGGCUUUGCCAUAUAAUACAGUGGAAGCAUUUCGAUGGUUAUGGAUUCAACUUACAUGCUGAGAAGGGGAAGCCAGGACAGUAUAUCGGCAAAGUCGACGAAGGUUCACCAGCUGAAGCCGCCGGUCUGAAAGAAGGUGAUAGAAUAAUAGAGGUCAAUGGUGUAAAUAUUGCCAACGAAAACCAUAAGCAGGUAGUUCAGAGGAUUAAGGCAAUCCCCAACGAAACAAAACUUUUGGUAGUUGAUGCUGAAGCAGAUAAAUAUUACAAAGCAAACAAUGUCACUAUUAAGAGCGGUUCACCCGAUGUUAAGUACCUGAAAACACCAAUGCCAGAUGCAGACAAUUCAGAUGAUACAGAUGAGAAGAAGUCUGGGAAUAAUGAAGAUGGUCAGAUUGAUGCAGUCGCUAAUGACAAGAAAUCAAGUGAUGCUGGAAGUUCAAAUACUACUCCGUCAACAGACAGGAAGAGUAGUAGCAGUCAUGUCUCCGAGCAUGGAAAUGAUUCCAAUACAGUGCAAGAGGUAAAUUCAAAAUCUCCUGGGGCAGGAAGUAACAAUAGUACUUUAGAGCGCAGUAGUGCUAACAGUGGGAUUAAUCUGAACAUGUCAGCAAAGGAACUGCGAGAGAAACUUGCAUCUCGUAAAAAAUACGAUCCGAAAAAGGAAAGUAUGGAUUUCAAGAAGAAGUUCGAAAUAGUGCAAACUUUGUGAAUGGACAAUCAGUUGUUGAGGAGAGUGAAACACAAACAGCACAAAAUCUGAUCUGAAGGAAAGAACUUACUUUUAGUGUAUUUUUAACGGUCGUCUACAUUCCAUUUCGCUGCAAUGAAUAAUGGAAAUUUCUUAUUUGGUUUGGGAUGUAAUUCUUAGUUAAGUUAUACUGAAUAGUAAUUGGGUUUUUCACUAAUUACAGUUCCAUCUUCAUUAUGCACUGGAAUCGUCUCUGACAUUGUUUCCAGUUAAGCAUUAGUUAAUGAACAUUUAAGACAAUAUUUGUCGUGGUAAACAUUCCAUUGUUGUGUGUUGUAGAUAUAUUUUUAAAGAUGAGGGCUUGCAUUUUAAUUGUUGCUCUCUGAUGUUAUUCUGAACUCAGCUGCAGUAAGCAAAUAAUUUUUUUGUGUGUGUAUAGCUCGAAGAACUGCAUAGUCUGGUGUAACUUCAAGAUCAGACUGUCAAAACAACUCUUGAUUUCCCACUUUUCAACCUAAUAAUUUGUAUCAGUAAAGCUCAAAAAGUUUUUUGCCCAACUCAUAUGCAGGUGAGGUGACUUACAAGUAGCACUUGUUGAAUUGUGCACUGCUAUUGAUAAAAUUCACUCACUUUGACAAGACUGUAAUAGUCUUAAACAGCUGUAUGUAUAGAAUCAGUAUUGUCUAUUAAUGUUUCCUUAUCUGAAUAUGGAGUCAUAGCAUCUUUCUUGGUAGUGCCUAUGGGCAUGUUUCCAGUGGCAGUGCAUUAGAAGUAAAAAAAAAAAUUGCCUUAAAAAAAAAGUAUGUUAGCCCUACCUUAGUUUGGCCAUUUUCUGGGUCACACAUUGUGUUGUUGUGCUGAUGUACAGUGCUUCAAUUAAUCAGUGCCUUAUCCUCUAGUCUCAGUGCACAUGUUAGUCAGUUUCACGAACUUUUUCUUGGAAAGGAUAAAUAGGUGCAUUCUUGAAAAGAUCAUACGCUUCUGCAGCUUUUGCAGAAUUGAUGAAUGUUUAAUGAUAACCUUGAGCUACAAUGCUGUUAUAUUUUUGAUAGUUUUUACAUAUAUUGUGUGCACACUUCUGUGCACAUUGAAAAUAUUUUAUUAAACUCUAUAAUAUGGAAAUCAUAUACUAAAAUGUUAAAAGGUUAUGAAAAAUGGUGAAUAUUUUUGUAGUGAAAUGCCGAACUAUGGACUAUAGUUAAUUCUGCUUUUGUAGAAUAUCGAAUGCAGCUCAUUGAAAAUUAUGCUGUAGGAUUGGCAGAAAUUGCCCCAGGAAAAUAUAGUUCACAGCGUGAUGCACAAUAAGACUGUAAUAAAGAGCUUCACUUAAUAUGAACCUAUACUUUGAGAUGUGACCAUAUGUUUUCAGAAGCAUAGCUUUAACACCAAAAACUUUACAAAGUAUUUGAUAACUGUGUUUUAAUGUUUCUUGAAUUAGAAUGUAUCAUACAUCAGAGUCAUAUCAAUGUAUUUUUGUCGUGACUUACAAGUGUAUAAAUAUUAUUUAAAAUACAUCUGUUUAAAGCAUCA